CUUGAUAGCCUAAUAAUUUAUUCACAGCCCCUGUGCUACAGUUUCUUUGUAUGUACUAAUGCUGGCAUUGUAUUGGCUAUGAGUGUGUGUAGAGCAAACUUUGGAAGAAGAAAUGGACAAAGAGAAUCAAGUAUUUGUUACGUCUAUGGAACAAUGAUCGAUUCAAGUCAUGCCCAGGGCUCCAGUGGACUAGCAACCGCUUUAAAAGACCGUCCAGCGUGUGUAAUGCCUGUCCAGCCAAACAGAUCGUUACCGGUACUGCCCGCUCCGCACUCACCUUACCGAGCAAUUGUCUCGCGAAGAACUUCUUCGGUCAGCGAUUCGGGAACGAGUCAGCAGAUGUUGCAAAAUGUCCAAGGUACUUUUACAAAUGCAAACUCAACAGGGUCAUUAUCAUCUUCAUCAUCAUCAACAUCAACGACAUCAUCUUCAUCACCUUCAUCAUCACCAUCACCAUCUCCACUGCUAUCAUCUUCAUUUACGCCAUCAUCUUCAGCAACUAUUUAUGGCACACCCCAAAAAGUUCGGUGUACUCUAGAUCUUGAUAAGAUCGGUAUGCCUAAUUUAAAGAAAAGUAAUGAAUUACCUCGUAAACCUGUUAUCAAUAUCAUACAAGAAUCCCGUUCUCACGAGAAGAGUAAUCAAAAUAUUUCAAAGCGUUUAGGAAACAAAAGAAAAUCCGAUGAUGGAAUUGAAAAUAUCAACACCAAUACUGGAUACGCUUCUUCACGAAUCUGCGCUAAGGAUACUAUUAAUAAUUACAAUUUCAUUGACAUAUCCAAAAGUCCAGAAAGAUAUGAUUCUAUUGUCGCGGAUUCAUCAGGAAAUGUCGACCCUCUGUCUACACAAAUUUACUACACAGACUCAGAUGCGCAGAAGCGAGAGUCGGGCCCUAUUAAGAAGCGCCGGAAGAGAAAAGAAAAGAAACUUGAGGAGGAAGAAACCAAAAUUACUGGACAGAAAGUCGUUCCGCCUUUGAGGCUGAAGAAAAUUCAAAGUUUGCAAGCAAAUAUUCCAGAAUAUCAGCCUAAUAAUGACGAGGAACGUGUUAACCAAAUUAUUGAGCGAGAGCGUCAAGAGUGUAUGCCUAAAUUUCGAUAUUAUCAGCCAAAGCCCCCGGAAGUUCCGAUAGUACCAGACACUAGGCCAACCAGCAAGGAACACGCCACCAACUACCGUAUUGUCACUGGACAAACUCCACCCUACGACGAACAUAUUGACUCAUCCACUACGACGAGUAAAGACUUACAGGGGUUACUUUUUCAUAAAAAUAACCACAAUUUUAAGACAGAUAAGCUGAAGCAAGUUAAUUCGCCUUCAAAAUUUGAUAAGGCAGCUUUUGAUUCGUGCGUUAAGCAGAUUAAAAAGCUGACGAAUUUACUGGAAAUGCUACCUGAAGUUUCACCAGAAGCUGCUAAAGAUAAUGUUGAAAAUACUGUUCAGAUUAUGAAAACAAAUGAUUUGCCGAAUUUAAAUGCUUCACCGCCGUCCUCUACGACUUUUACAGAUGUACUGCCUUCUCUGAAUAAUUCCCCGUCGCCGGAACCGCCGAAGUUAUCACCUAAGACUCCGGUUGACUUUGAAGCUACGGAAGAAAGAAAUAGCCCGCCAUUGUUGCCGAGAGCGACUUCAAGUAAUGGAGAAAAUUACGAUGAUUGGGAAGGAAGUGGGUAUCAUAAACAAAUUAAUAGUAAUUAUAAUGAUAAUGAUAAUGAAAGUGAGUUUAAUUCCUCGGUUAAUUCUUCAAUUAUCACUACAACUACUGGAAGUAUUGUUACUGAGCAGAUAGACAUUGAUGAUAAGCCAGAGUAUUUAGAUUUAUCGACGAAUCUUACUAAAAGUGAGACGUUUGUUGAUGCGGUGAACAAUAAAAUUACUAAAGAGUUGAGUAGAAUAGAAGUGGACUGUGAUACUGAGCAAGUAUUGAAAAUAGAUCUAAGGAAUUCUUUGAGUCCGGAGAACAUGGUCAUCGACACGACGAGUUUGUCCAAGUACGAGAAGGAAAGCGACGCUGAAUAUUCACCGGAAAAUAGAUUAAGGAUAGACGAGUCAGAGGAACUGCUGGAGGUUCAGCACAAGGAACCUGUUGGUGGUGCGACAAUUAAAGUAGUUCAUAAUUUAACUUCAGCUGCAGUUGCUGCAAGAAAUUCCGUUGCAACAGCUGCGAUAACUUCUUCUUGUGAUAUUUUUAAUAACCAACCAACCAAGGGUAAGUCGAAGCUCAAGGACAGGCGAGUUGCCGAGUCGCCUAAAAGUAAUAUUAUUAUAAACGAACAACAAUUUCCGUCGUUUGGUAACUGGGUUGCUAAAAUAUCUACCAAGCUUCCGAACCAUCAGCUUUCACGCCUGAUUACUGACAAGAAUACUCGUCCUAAUUCGGCGAUUAGUGUUACCAAUGAAGUUCCUUCGUUUAGUCACUACUAUCACUAUCACCCCCAGCUUCAGCAGCACCAGGAGGCUGCUAAGAUGUCUGCUAGUCCUGGCUUGAAGCAUAAAAAUGGGUUGGAAGCUAGUAGCAAGGCCUCAACUGCGGAACCACAGUUGAAAAAUCAGACUUGGGAACCCGCGGAACAACCGAGUCAGUCCCAAUUGCUGCAGAGUAAUUCAACGAGUAAUAUUUCUACGUCGUUGUUGGAAACUCAGUUGCAGCAAAAGCCUCAACAAAUAGAUCCUCAACUUUAUCCGUCUGCUCAAUUGAAUAGGCUUCUUGCUCGUAAUUACCCGGUUGAUCCUUAUAGAGUGCCACUUCUCCGUCCAACGAGUCAAUUACCGGACCCGCUGUCAACGAAUUCAAUCCCCUAUCAUUCAAGUGCGUCUCCACUGCUGAAUCCUCUGUCGAUGUCACCGAGCUCACCACUCUCCUACUGGCACCAAACGAUCGGAAAAACGCACCCUGAGUCAAAGCGUGGCUUCACAGACAUUCCACUAAACUACGACCCGAUCUCGCUAGCGAAAAGAUCCACUUACUCUCAGUACCAUUCUCUCCUACCCACAGCACCAAUUAACCUGAUGAAUCCGUCAUAUCAAAUCCCGCAGCAACGCCAGCAGCAGCCACAACAGCACCCCUCGCCUUACGACAGACUAUGGGACAAAUCAGGGCACUGUUUGCGGCCUCCUGAUUCGCCAAUACCUACAUUGAACUACUCGCCUUGGCAGAGUGCUCUUUUUCCACCAGAAAGUCUCCUGGCAGGAAGAAGCUACCUGAACAGCAAUUGGACCGCAGAUCCUCGCAAUCUUCUGUCGACAAUUACCCCAGCGAUGCAAAACUUUGCGUCGCCUUAUCAGCCAAUAAGCGUACCAAGGGUUAGGAACAUCAAAGACCGCCCUGAGCAGGACAGGAAUUGUGAGACUCCGCACUUGGGGAAAGUUGAUUACAGCCCAAACACGGCCAGGACAUUUCAGUGCUCUAAUUGCGGAUCUCGCGGGCCUGUUUAUAAGUGUCUAGGGUGUGAAGCCGCUUAUUAUUGCAAUGAAACUUGCCAAGCCCGACACUGGAACUGUCAUGUGGCAACUUGUCCUAAAAAAAUGCCCAAACUCAAGAAAGUUGUGCCUUAAUAUAUAAUACAAUAAUUAUUGUGCCUUAUUAUUGCUAAAUAUAUAUUUAUAAUUCGUG